AUGUUUUACAACAAGAGACAAAGAUUACCAACAUCUAAGAGUACCUUGAUCAAUCAUACCAAACUGCCCAAAGUUUAUGGUCUUGUUUUAAUUAGAAAAGAAUAUCCAAGUGCAUUGUACAUACAUUGUAGUGCCCAUAAUCUUAAUCUGUCGGUACCAUACACCAGCAAUAUUCAAGGAAUAAGAAACACUAUGGGUACUGUAGAAGCUUGCUAUCUCUUUAAAUACUCCGAAAAUACAUUUUUUAAUAUACAUCUGGCUGAAUUGAAUGAAAAAAAAAUCUUCUAAAAAAGAAAAACUUAAAAAACUGACCAACUAGGUGGGUUGAGCGUUAUAAUUCAAUAGAAACAACGUUUUAUGAAUUUUUCCCUGUAAUUAUUUAUUGUUUAGAAGAAAUGAUUACGUGGACAGAUGUUGAUACAUCGAGUAAAACUAAUCAACUACUGUUGGCAUUAAAAUCUUCAGAAUUUAAUGUAGCCUUUGAGAAGUCCCGGGUCGGUCAGUUUUGUUUGAAAACCGACCCGAGCGCCCAGCUGACUACCCGCCUAGUGGAAAGGUCGCCAACCUAG